UCACCAGUUGAGCCGCAAAAUGUAUAGAUCACACAUCGCUGUCUUUUGUGCCUUAGUGGGCAUAUUCCUGGGGCCAGUUGUCCAGUCUGCUCCUUUUUCGAACGAUCCUGCAGAGGUCUCCAAUUUUUAUGAAUUGUUCAAUAACCCCGAUGCACACUUAUCCUUUAUAAAUGGUUCCGAUACGAUUCAUUUCAUCGAGGAACAUGGUUAUCCAGCUGAGCGACACUAUGUGACCACUGAAGAUGGCUACAUUAUCAGCCUCUUCCGAAUUCCAUACUCGCACAAUCUCCAGAACCAGGAAGAAAAGAGACCCAUUGCUUUCAUACAACACGGUCUUUUUGCCAGCUCCGACUUUUGGCCAAGCUUGGGACCGGAUGAUGGCCUUCCUUUCCUGCUCUCCGACGCUGGAUACGAUGUUUGGCUGGGCAAUGCUCGUGGAAACAGAUACUCGAAAAACCAUACCUCUCGCCUGACAAGUCAUCCGGACUUCUGGCGCUUCAGUUGGCACGAAAUUGGAUACUUUGAUAUUGCCGCAGCUAUUGACUAUACCCUGUCUACGGAGAACGGACAGGAUCAGGAGGGUAUUCACUACAUAGGACACUCUCAGGGCACCACGGUUAUGUUUGUGCUGCUGUCUUCAAGACCGGAAUAUAACGACAAGAUCAAGACGGCUCACAUGCUGGCUCCUGUCGCCUUUAUGGAUCACAUGGACGAUGUUAUGGUCAACACCUUGUCUCCUUACCUGGGAUUUACCAAUAUCUACUCGACCCUCUUCUGUUCCCAAGAAUUCUUGCCCCACAACGAUUUCGUCCUGGCUCUGAUGUACAGUGUUUGUCGUCCGGAAUCGAUUGUUUACAGAUUUUGCAGCAACAGUAAUGAAACAAAUACUGACUCAGGAAGAACUAAUUCGACUGCCUCUGCGUUGACUUUUGGAGUGAUGCCUGCUGGUGUUUCCACGGAUCAAAUCCUGCACUACAUGCAGGAACAUCAAUCGGGACACUUCCGGCAGUUCGAUUUCGGCACCAAAAAGAAUAAGAAGGCCUAUGGAACGGAUGCCCCAGAGGAUUAUCCAACUGAGCUAAUCACGACUGAGAUGCAUCUAUGGUAUUCGGACAACGAUGAGAUGUCCGCCGUUGAGGAUGUCCUGAGGGUGGCGAAAACGCUGCCCAACAAGGUGAUGCACCAUAUGGAGGAUCCACUAUGGGAUCAUAUGGACUUUGCUCUAAACUGGGAGGUGCGCCAAUAUAUCAAUGAUCCGAUUAUAGCCAUUCUAAACGAGUACGAGGGGAAGUGAUACGGACAUUGUUCUGGUGCUUAACUUAACUUAGUUUUAAUCAAUGUGUACUUCUGUUGAUCCUAUCAUAUCAUAUCAUAAACGGAUGUAUCACUCUUCAGCAUUGAACAAAUUUGCACCUCAAACUCGACAUUAAUUUCAUUCAUACUUAAUGUACUCAUACAUGCUUACUAAAAUCAUAAGAAUUCAUUCGACUUUUUUUAGUAAAAAGAAACUUCCUCAUUAACAAGUUUGGGUUAUAAAAUAUA